AUGUGGCUGCUUCAAGGUCGAUUCGCUGAAAACAGCCGCCAGGAGCUCAGCAAGCUGCUCAAGUAUGGCCAGACUUACACCCUCGGUCGCAAGAUCCCAGCCGACAUCGUCAUCGACAGCAAGUUCGUCUCGCGCGUAUCAUGUCACAUCACCAUUGCAUCCGAGGACACGAUAGCGAGUCAUGCGGCUGGUCUUUCUGACCCUGCAGCCUUCCACAAGGACCUCAGCGUUCGGCCUCGGGUUACGAUCCGAUUCGAAGCCAACAAGAGCAGAAAGACGUUUGGCGUGACCCAGCAGCCCAACUCCGCGCGCCGCUCCUCCGGCUCCGAACCAGUCGAAGUGCAAGUGCCGGCGGAUCAUGAGCAUGAGAUUCAGGAUGGUGACUCCUUUGCUCUCACCACCACCAUCUCCCUGCGUCUUGUAUGGAAACCUCUGGCAGUCUGCUUUGCUGCUAAGAUCAAGGAGUCAGCGAUUGCGCCGCUCCGCAAACCCGCACUUCAGCUCGGCAUUUAUCUUUCGCCGCCAAAGUCAAAAUGGCGAGACGGCUACACUCAUCUCUGCGUGGCCCAGGUCAAGCCCACCGAAUCAGUCCACUGUGCGCUUCUGCACGCCGCAGCCAUCGUCUCCAUCGAGUACUUCCAAGAGCUCUUCUGUCGAGCCGAGCUGCCUCGCCACGACCCAGUUUCGCUCGAGACGUCUUUCGAAGAGCUCGACCUGCUCACCUAUCAGCCCACAUUUGACCAGCAAGAGCUCAGCGAACUUCCCGACCUUCAUAAGCUGCUGCUGCCACAGGAGCGCCGCACAUACAUGCUCAAAGGCACCACCUGCGUCCUCUUUGCUCUUCCGACUGAAGAAUCCGAAAUGAGCAUCUACAAGAGCAUCCUCGCCACAGCUGGAGCCCACGUCUUCAUCCACAACCCCCAAGCCGAGAGCUUGCAGACAAAAGCCGACUUCGCCAAGCUGCUCAUGCCGUACAAGAGCAGUGCGCUCUCGUACUGGCGCAACAGCGGAAGCAAAGCACGCAGCGAGGCGCCCGAUGAGGGUCUAGUGGUGCUUGUCGCUAGCAAGCACGACUAUACGCCUUGGAAGAAUGCGUGUACGAUCGCAUGCACAAAUCUUCGCAUCGCCAUGCCAAUGGGCUUUGAAGCUAUCACCUCUGCUGUGUUUUCAGCAGAUGUUCGGGCCCAUCUGAACAUUCUUCCAAACAUUUCGGAUGGUCAGGACGAGUCGAUACAACCAGCAGUGGCCCAAGCUGCACCCUCGGCAGCUGCUCAGCCGAGUCCCCAACGCGAGCCUGAGGCUGAUGUUACUGCGCUAGAGCAAGCUCCUAGCAACGCUCCAUUCUCAUCAGCCGCCGCAGCGCGUCAAGCUUCUCGGACUGUCUCAACACCUGCACCUGCAGCAGAAGAAUUGCCUGCAGCCGCUCAGGAGCCUCCCAGCACCUUUGCCGAACCUACCAGGAGGCCUCUCACACGUCGGACACGGAAGCCGACCCACGAUGCUGAGGAGGCCGAUGCAGUAGAGAACCGCGACGCGGGACCCAGCGGGGAUCAGUCUGGUGGGACCAGUGUUGCCGCUUUGCAAGACCAGGACCGCUCCCAUAUGGACACGUCUGCCUCGCAACUCACCCGAGCUGAACGCAGUGGUCUCACAAGACGAACUGGUGCCAGUCGUGCUCGACGAUCCGAUAUCUUCGACUCGAUCUUGCAAUCGGAAGGCGGCGCUUCUGCUGGCCUUGAGGAUGUGAACGGAUCGCUUGCUGGCGACAGCCAAAGUCUUGCAGCCGUUCCGAGGAGCCGGCGGUACAGGAUGGACCUCGAUGAGGAAGACCGUGCUCAGAGUGAGUCGAUAGCCCAGACGCAGGGGUCCGAGGGAAGGCAAGCUGACGCCAACGGUUACAAACGAAAGACACCUCCGCUGAGGCGAGAGUCCAAUGAGGACCAGGAUCAUAGCGCUGAUGCUCAAAGUCCAACAUCGAAGCGGACGCGCACAACUGGCCCGGAGGUGGCGGAGGACGGUGACCUUCCAGAGAGUCAAAUUCCGCAGGCAGAGCCAGCGCGCAUUGUACGCAAUGAUCCCACAACUGAAGGUUUGUCGAACGGCGCACAGCCCGACUCGGAGCCGCAGUUCCUGCAAGCACUCAACACACAGCGCGCCAAGGGCAAAAGGAUGGACGACUUUGACGUCGAGUUCAACCGUCUUCAGAUUGCAAAGCCGGGCACACAGUCGCAGCUGAGCUCGCUCGGCGGCACGCUCCGCUCUCGGCCAGGUCGUGGUGCGCAACAGCAGCAGGAUGCAAGCAAUGCCCCCAUCGACGAAGACUACGAGGCUUUCAAGCAGAUGGCGGAGGAGGAGCUGCGCAUUCACGUCCGGGGCAACUUUGUGCAAGUCGACUUUGUGCCGCUGGUGCGGACCAAGAAGGUGGUGGAUGCGCGAUCGCAGACGCCGCAGGGGACGGAUGGCGUGCCGAACUUUAAGAAGUUCCGUCCGAAGGCUGUCGGUAGUGCAGCGCCGGCCAACGCCUCGCAGCGACCGCGAAUCUCGAUGGUGUUGCCAGAGAGCAAUGACUAUGGCCUGGGCCAGUCGUACUGGGAGGAUCCAGACGGUCAAUCGGGUCCGGCUGCGGAGGCGUCUAUCGGCUCGCGCCGAGCAAGUGAGGCAGUGCAGACAUCGCGCGGCAAGGGCAAGUCCCGAAGUCGAGUUGCGCUGGAUCCAGCAUCGGUGGAGGAGACCGCCGUCGAUUUGGGCCUAGACGGGCGUGACUCGAUGGACUCUGAGGACGAAGCGGACAUGACGACGAUGCUGGAGCGACGUCACGGUUCUAAAUCCCGUACAGCCGGAGCGAGCGGUAGCGCCGCUCGGGUGAGGAAGAGACCGGCCGCGGUGGUCCAGGACAGCGACGACGAUAUGGCGACGCCUUCGAACGCCGCUGCUGGCCGGAAGAAACGGGCGACCGCGCGCACCGCCACGAUGCUAGUCGACAGCGAUGACGAUCAUGGUAGCGAGGACGGCGGUGGAAACGAUGACGAUGGCAACUUUGCCGGGUUUGGACGAAGCACUUCUACCCGGAGGAGGCGCGAUCCGCCGGCGUCGGGAACGAGCCGUGCUCGCCGGUCGGUGUUUUGA